AGAAGAAGAAGAAGAAGAACCGGAUGUGACGUCCCGCUCUGCGCUCUGCUCUCUUGUCUGUUCUGUGACUCGGUGCUCGAUAGCUUCUGUCUGUUCUGUUAGCUUCCUCCGUCGUUCCUCGGUUCGUCCUGUCCCGGUUCAUCACAGACCAGAUCCAUCACAGACCGGGUCCAUCACAGACCGGGUGAAACGUUAAACCGACCCCUCUGCUGCAGAGAUCCAGCCCGGGUCCGGCAUCAUGUCCACCGCCCUGGAGAGCUACAUCAACCGUACGGUGGCGAUCAUCACCUCAGACGGCAGGAUGAUUGUGGGCACUCUGAAGGGCUUCGAUCAGACCAUCAACCUGAUCCUGGAUGAGAGUCACGAGCGGGUCUUCAGCUCCAGUCAGGGGGUGGAGCAGGUGGUGCUGGGACUCUACAUCGUCCGAGGAGACAACGUGGCGGUCAUCGGGGAGAUCGACGAGGACACGGACUCCACUCUGGAUUUAGGAAACAUCCGAGCCGAGCCGCUGAACUCUGUGGUCCACUGACCUCUGACCUCUCAGACUCUGUUUCCAUGGCGAUGACUCUUUGUUGAUGUGUGAUAGGAGUCUGUUUCAGGAGUUCACUGAUGAUCCACAUGUUGAAACCUUCAGUGAGCGUCUCUGAGUCCGACUCCUCUCUUUGUGUUUUUAUAAAGACGUGACGCGUCCGAGCAGCUUUUUAUGCUUCCUGUUGUUUUCUGCAGAUCCUGUAAUAACAAUAAAUUUCUCAUAUUUUGA